AUGUCGUCGACCGAAUCCAAGCCGCAAGAAGCGCAAGAGAAGCACGACGCCGAAGCAACAAUCAAACGAAACCCUCACGGCGACUUCUCCAAGGUGCAAGCCUCCCGACCAGACUGGGAAGAGGACCGCAAAUGGCACUACACCAAGACCCGCGAUCCUUCCUGGACCUACGGUAGCGGGGCCUCGGACAAGUCAGGCCUGAGCCAAUCCCACGUCUCGAUCGACCCCAACGCCGAGGGACGCGCGCCGGUGCUGAACUACAAACUGCUCAUCUCAGGCAUCAUCCCGAGGCCGAUAGGGUUUCUCUCCACCAGAUCCAAGGACGGGGCGUCCACCAACCUCGCACCUUUCAGCUACACGCAGGUCUUCAACCACGACCCGCCCAUCUUCGGGGUCGGGUUCAGUGGCGGCUUCGACAACGCCAAAGACACGCUCAAGAACCUGAUCGACACGGGGGAGUGCGUCAUCAACAUCAUCAGCGAGGACUACGUCGAGGCCGCCAAUUCGUGCGCCAUCGACCUCCCGUACGGCGAGAGCGAGUGGUCCGUGUCGGGCCUGACACCCGCACAGAGCCACGUCGUGGGCGCGUCGAGGGUCAAGGAGGCCGUGUUCAGCGUCGAGGGGAAACUACUCAACACGCAGGAAUUCGAGUCGAGAACGUCUCCCGGCAAGAAGACGGGCGUGUUGGCCGUGAUUGAGGGUGUACACUUUUGGGUGAGGGAGGACGCCAUCAAUGAGGACCGAAGUCUCAUCGCGCCAGAGGUGUUGAGACCGAUUGCAAGACUGGGUGGGAUCACGUACGCGAGGGUUCUCGACGGGUUUGAGAUUCCCAGGCCGGUCCUCAAGGAGGAACAGAAACAGGGCAAGAUUGUGGAUGCCAUGCUCAAACCGAAGGUAGAGGGGCAGUAG